GGAACAAGUGUUCAUUUACUCUGCGCAUGGUCUUUGUUAGUGUUUCUCGGGGUUGUUUCUGCAGGAAGGUGGGGGUGGUGGGUGUGAGAGAGACAGACGUGGGCUUGUUUUUCUAGUUGCUUAAUACAUAUGAAGGCUUCCCAGGGAGAGCGUUUCCUUGAUGUACUUUGGGAAGGGAGGAGGAACAGAUGCCUGCCGGAUCUUACAACUCCAGUAGCUGCGGCUUUUGUUUAUUUUGAGGCGUGGACGAUGUUUAAAUGCACCGUGCAAGAUCCCCAGUAAGGCGCUUUCCCUUCUGCAGAUCGAGGAGCGUCUCAGAACUGUCUCCUGAGAAAGCACCAUUGUCGUGAGAGCUCUGACAGCCGGCCUUUUUCUUUCCACUGAGGUUCUUUUGCCAUUGCAGCUGAAGUUUCAAAGUCUAUGAAAUGAUCCCAGAAGUUGCCUGAGCUCUGUAUGCCUUUGCGUUGCUGAAACUCUUCGCGAGCAGCUCGAUCGCAGAAUGCCUUUAUUUCAGAGCAUAUCUCGCUCUCCUUGGCUGUCGUGGAUGACGUGCCCACAUUCAGGAACACAGUGAGAAAACUGUCCUCUGCCCAUGUUGAUUUUUCGUCUUGUUUCUAAUUACUCCUUUGCACUUUAUUGGCGGUAGGUGAGCGGUCUUGGAACCAGGAUUUCAGAAGAAUUGAGGCAGAAUCAAUGUUCACCGCCCCAGGAUUUUCAGUGCUGACGCCCUGUCACUUUUGGAAACCCUAGGAAUGGUCAUUACCACUCUUCAGACCCUCACCGCAAAGAAGCUGAGGCGACUCCUAUGUAAAUAAAGUGAAACCUCCUCGGCUGCCUUCUCGCACGUGUGGACACCUUUGUUUCUCCGUCCACGAGGGGUGUACCCGGUGCCGUCAUGAAUGUGACAAGUUUGUUUUCCUUCACGAGUCCAGCUGUCAAGAGACUUCUGGGGUGGAAACAGGGCGAUGAAGAAGAAAAAUGGGCAGAGAAGGCUGUUGACGCUCUGGUGAAAAAACUGAAGAAAAAGAAAGGUGCCAUGGAGGAGCUGGAAAAGGCCUUGAGCUGCCCGGGGCAGCCCAGUAACUGCGUCACCAUUCCCCGCUCCCUGGACGGCAGGCUGCAGGUCUCCCACCGGAAGGGGCUGCCUCACGUCAUCUACUGCCGCGUGUGGCGCUGGCCGGACCUCCAGAGCCACCACGAACUGAAACCCCUGGAGUGCUGCGAGUUUCCUUUUGGUUCCAAGCAGAAAGAGGUGUGCAUCAACCCCUACCACUACAAGCGAGUGGAGAGUCCCGUUCUUCCUCCAGUCCUGGUUCCGAGACACAGCGAAUAUAACCCUCAGCACAGCCUCUUAGCUCAGUUCCGUAAUUUAGGACAAAAUGAGCCUCACAUGCCACUCAACGCCACUUUCCCGGAUUCUUUCCAGCAACCCAACAGCCAUCCGUUUCCUCAUUCUCCCAACAGCAGCUACCCAAACUCUCCUGGAAGCAGCAGUAGCACCUACCCUCACUCUCCGACCAGCUCAGACCCAGGAAGCCCCUUUCAGAUGCCAGCUGAUACACCCCCACCUGCUUACCUGCCUCCUGAGGACCCCAUGACCCAGGAUGGCUCCCAGCCCAUGGACACAAAUAUGAUGGCACCUGCACUGCCCUCAGAAAUCAACAGAGGAGAUGUCCAAGCCGUUGCUUAUGAGGAACCCAAACACUGGUGCUCUAUUGUCUACUAUGAGCUCAAUAACCGUGUGGGCGAGGCGUUCCAUGCCUCCUCCACGAGCGUGUUGGUGGAUGGUUUCACCGAUCCUUCCAACAACAAGAACCGUUUCUGCCUUGGGCUGCUCUCCAAUGUCAACCGGAAUUCCACUAUUGAAAACACGAGGCGGCAUAUCGGGAAAGGUGUUCAUCUCUAUUAUGUCGGAGGUGAGGUGUAUGCUGAAUGCCUCAGCGACAGUAGUAUCUUUGUGCAAAGUCGGAACUGCAACUACCAUCACGGAUUUCAUCCUACUACUGUUUGCAAGAUCCCUAGUGGGUGUAGUUUGAAAAUUUUUAAUAAUCAAGAAUUUGCUCAGUUACUGGCACAGUCCGUGAACCAUGGCUUCGAGACAGUCUACGAGCUCACGAAAAUGUGUACCAUUCGCAUGAGCUUUGUGAAGGGCUGGGGAGCAGAAUACCACCGCCAGGAUGUCACUAGCACCCCCUGCUGGAUUGAGAUCCAUCUGCACGGCCCCCUCCAGUGGCUGGAUAAAGUUCUUACUCAAAUGGGUUCACCUCACAAUCCUAUUUCAUCUGUGUCUUAAGCGGCCUGGGCUUCUGCCUCUUGAAAACUAUUGAGCCUUGCAUGUACUUGAAGGAUGGAUGAGUCAGACACCAUCUGAACUGACAAAGGAGCCUUGAUAAUACUUGACCUCUGUGACCAACUGAUGGAUUCAGAAAUUUGAAAACCUUGGUAACAUACUGUUGAUAUUGAGAACCUGUUUAGUUUACAUGGUAACAUUCUAUGGUAAAAUCAACUAAAAUGCAUACUUUUAGCAGGACUUCGUGUAUAGUUAAAGGAGAGAUGGCCAAGCCAGGGACAAAUCAUCUGUUGGAAAAAAAAAGAAAAAAGAAAAAAAACGGUCCUAAGAGAUUCUUUCGUGUUUGGCACUUUAAGGUCAUCAUUUGGUGAAGUUUAGCAUUAAUAGUCUUUCUGACGUGUGUUUUUAUCAGGUUUAGAGCCCGUGUGGAGUCUUCUCUUCAUGGGUUUUCAUAAUAUUUUAAAACUAUUUGUUUAGUAAUGGUUUUUGUUUGUUUUUUUAAGUAAAGGUUAAUCUUGAUGCUAUACAUAGUAAUCUUUCUAAAAUUGUAAUGCUGACCAUACUGCUGUCAGAAUAAUGUUAGGCAUAUGCUCUUUGCUAAAUAUAUAUGUACAGAAUAUGUGGAAGUUAAGAAUUGAUUAGACUAGUGGAUUUAGGAGUACUGGAGGGGGUGGGGGGAGAGGGAAAUGACAAAUGUAGAAUAUACUGUAAACGUUCAGUUUGUUGCUUUAAAGAAACAAACUGAUGUCUGAAUUUUUGCUGUUUCAAUUUUUUUAGAGAUUUUAUCCUACUUUUUUUUCUUUGAAUCUUCUAUCCCAUCUUCUCCAAAAAAAAAAAAAAAUAGCAGUUAUGCAGCUGGUUAAUUCAGAUAACUGUGAGAGCAAAUGAAUAAUUCCUGCUAAUCUGAAAUUGACCGCCUGUAUGUUUCAAUACCAAUUGUAUGGAGUGCUUGAAUUUAAUAAGCAGUUUUUAUGGAGUUUACAAUAAAGAAAUAGGCUUUAAUUUUUCAAGUGAAUUGUUUGCCAAACCUAGUAACACUGUUAAAUAUUUGAAGGAUUUAAAGAACAUCCCUGCUUAAAUCCAUUUCAAACUUUUUUAAUUUUUUGUACUCUGUUUGGUUUUAUUUUUCUUCUGCUAAUCUUUUAUAUUCACUUACGCUCUCGUACAUUGAAUACUUUUAUUCCAAAACUAGUGGGUUUUCUCUACUGGAAAUUUUAAAUAAACCUGUCAUUAUUGCUUACUUUGAUUAAAAA